AUGGUCGACAUUUCUUCUGAUGCUGCCGUCGUUUUGUUUUUGUUGAUGUGGACAUUCUCCAGCUCAAAUCACUCCAUCUCUAGAUCCUGGUACUGUAGAGAGGAAGACGCGCAACAGCAGGGAGUUGACUGGAAACAAGGGACACAGUCAACGCGAAAACGCGACACGCGACGACAUGGUGACAGAAAGAUUGGUUGUCUUGUCCAAAUCAAAGCGCACGAUGGCUCCGCCUUCUGCUUUGGAGACAGCUCAGGUCAGGUGGUAGACUGCAAUUUGCAGAGAGGCCAUUGGAUGAGGAGAACCCGUCGACGCGACGAGUCAAUCACCAUGGUGGACGAAGCGUGGUUGCUGUCGGCUGUCGGCUGUCGGCUGUCGGCUGUUGGAUUUCGUUAG